UAAACAAGCCUUUAGUAAUGUGGUGUUAAAGGGGCAAAAUGUCCUAUAGACCUAUGACUAGGUCUCAGUCUUUUAGUUAGUGUAUGUCUCUGGACAGUAAACUUUGUAAGAGCUUCUCAGUUCCCCUCUCCCCUUGGGUAGGACAAGAUGGCUAAAGUUGGCUGAAGUUGAGUAUUUCCUUCUCCAUUGUGAAAGGCUAGAAUGGGCUGCAGUUGGGUAUUGCCCUUCCCCCAGGUCAAUUAGGCUGUGAUAAAACUACUGCAGAUUAGGCUGUGGUUAAAUAGUUUCUACUGAGGGUAGACCUUGUUAAGAACAGAGUGCUCUGGAGCAUUUCAAAAUGGCUGCUUUCCUUCUCCCCUUGCCAGAUGCAUGAGGGGAUUUUUCUCUGAUAUUUACUGUGAGGUAAAACUAACAAAAGCAUGGAGACUUCUUAUUGACUGCAUUCUCCCUGGAGUUUUUAACUCUCAAACUUGUCCGCACUGAGCCUCCAACAAUUUAGCAACAACAGUUCAGGUUUUCCUACUCCAGCACUGGUUCCUGCAGCAGUUUCUGUUAGUGAGUCAGCUCUGCACAGCAAGAAGGUGGCCAUCUGCAAGGCAGGAGGGCCCUCACCAGGAACUGAAUUGGCUGUCACCCAGAUGGUGUAUGAGGCUUCCCAGUCUCCAGAACUCUGAAGUUGGCUAUGCUGUGUAAAGCUGCGAGCUGAGAACUCUGACAGAGGCAAGCACACUCCUUCUCACAAACUGCAGCCGCUCUCGUCGCAGCCUCCCGAGGCUCCGUGCCAGACAGACUGAGCAUGCGAGUCGCACUGGCCACAGCAGCCUGGAUGCUUUCUUUCGUCUCUAGUUAUGCAUAUACAAAAAAUACUUUGCCAGAUAUUGAAAACAAAGAUUUCAUCAAAGACUGUGUUCGAAUUCACAAUAAAUUCCGAUCAGAGGUGAAUCCAACAGCCAGUGAUAUGCUGUACAUGACUUGGGACCCAGCACUAGCACAGAUUGCAAAAGCAUGGGCAAAACAUUGUCAGUUUGCACAUAAUGGACAGCUGAAGCCACCCUACAAGCUGCACCCAAAAUUUACUUCACUGGGAGAAAACCUCUGGACUGGCUCUCUAUCCAUCUUUUCUGUGUCUUCAGCCAUCAAAAACUGGUUUGAUGAAGUCCGGAACUAUGACUUCAAGACUCGGAAAUGCAAUAACGUCUGUGGCCAUUACACUCAGAUUGUUUGGGCAAAUAGUUACAAAGUUGGCUGUGCAGUACAAUUUUGCCCUGGGGUGUCUGGCAUAAGUCUUUCCAAUGCAGCACAUUUUAUAUGCAACUAUGGACCAGCAGGGAAUUAUCCAACAUGGCCAUAUAAGAAAGGAGCUACUUGUAGUGCUUGCCCCGAUAAUGACAAAUGUUUGGACAAUCUCUGUGUUAACCCCCAGCGAGACAAUGUCACACGUUACUACUCUAUUGUGUAUCCAGGCUGGCCCAUAUUUUCACGUAACAGAUACCUUUCUCUCUUUCUCAUUGUUAGUGUAAUAAUUCUGCUAUUAUCUGUUGUAAUUACCAUUUUUGUGAAGCACAAAUACCCUAAUUGUUUUUAGGCUGCCACAGCUGGACUUUCAGUAAUUAGACUUAGGUCUAAGUCAUUCCAGUGGCCCUCAUUGUUUAAAAAACAUUAUCCCUAUUUCUCACAUACUGCUUUUCCUUGCUCUCUUGUAACUUGAUGUCUUACUGGUUUUAGAAUAGUAGCUAAAGGAUUUGAUUUCAGAGGCAUUAAUGUUCUGCUUGGGAGG